CAUGGAGUUCAAAAGGAUUUUUUCGGGAGAGAGAGGUUGCUGCUGAUCAUUCAUCUUUCAUUCGCAACAAUUCUCAAAAGACAGCAGCGCUGCAUGGCGAGGAUGAUAUAGAGGCACAUAGACCGGUCGAUAGAUAGUAUAGUAUAGUACCUCUCAAUUGCCCCCAGUGGCUCCCUGUCGAUCCACCCCGAUCUCUGCAAACUCACGACCGAACCACCUGCCUCCACCAUGCCUCCGCGCCGACCGCGUCCAUCGGCCCCACCAAUAAUGACUCCAGCUGCGUCGAUCAAGUCAGAGUCUGGAGCAUCCACACCAGGCACAGAAACAUCGUCAAGAGUCAAGAUCACGACGCGUAGUCGAAAGGUCAAGAACACUGGUCUCGUCACUCCCAUCAGCGUAGGAGAUGAGCAGGAAAUGAAGUCUGUAAAAGUUGAAGUUCAGGAAUUGGAAGUCGAGGUAUCUCCGACGAGUGCCCCUUCCACCCCUGCCCAGACUUCAGCCGAGACAUCUCCCACCCCAUCCUCACGCACUUCCACUCGCAUUCGAUACAAGCUCGACUCUGUUCAAAUACCAUCAUCCAACAAGCGUUCACGACUCGGAGUGGAGAAGACCACUAGCGCAGACAACCUCACCCUCACUUCCACCACACGUGCCAGUCGCUCGAGAGCAUCCGACCCGCACAGCGAUCCGAUCGACAGUCUCUCUGCUGCCAAUCCGUCUGACGACGCUAAGCCUUCACUCCAGCCAGACCUCUUCUCCAUCAGGGAUGAGGUCGCAUCCUCCUCAGCCUCUACCACAAACGGUCCACGACCCGCCCAUCAACCAUUCAACAUUGGCAAGUUCUCCAGAGUGCAGAAAGCUAGCGCUGCGUCACUUGCCCUUGAUGUACCCCCGAAACGACGUGCUUCAGCUCGGGGUAAGGGCAAAGCAGCUAUCAAGAAGGGACCAGAAUCUUUCUCGGACACCGAGAGCGAAGCAGAGGGAGAGCAAGUCGGAGAUGACUUUGCCAUGGACAGCGAAGAGGAAACGGCUCAGCUCAAACGAGCCUUGAAAGCCUCAAAGUCCAGCGGCAAAGCUGAAUCCAGCUCGAAAGCCGCGCCUCGUGGAACAGCCAAGGCGACUCGUGGUCCAGCGCUCAAUGGUCCUGCGCUAAGACGUGCGGCUGCCAAAGCUGCUGAGAGUGAGUGAGAGCCGUUGCUUCCAGGAUACGAUCUCACCAGAAUCUUUGUGUAGGCCGAGCGAAAGCAAAUGACGACGCCGGCUCUGGUUCUGGGCUUGAACUCUCCACACG